AUGCCUCCCAAGAAGCAAGUCAAAGAGGAGAAGCUCCCCCUCGGCAGGCCUGGCAACAGCCUGAAGAGCGGCAUCGUUGGCCUAGCAAACGUCGGUAAAUCAACUCUUUUCCAGGCCAUCACAAAGUGCUCGCUUGGCAACCCCGCCAACUUCCCCUAUGCGACCAUCGACCCUGAAGAGGCCCGUGUCAUCGUCCCUGAUGAGCGCUUCGACUGGCUCGUGGAGCACUACAAGCCCAAGUCCGUUGUGCCCGCCAACUUGACCGUCUACGAUAUCGCUGGUCUGACGCGCGGUGCCUCGACUGGUGCGGGUCUCGGAAACGCCUUUCUGUCACACAUUCGCGCCGUCGAUGCCAUCUUCCAAGUCGUUCGAUGCUUCGACGAUGCCGAGAUCAUCCACGUUGAGGGCGAUGUUGACCCUAUCCGUGACUUGGACAUCAUCUCCGAGGAACUGCGGCUAAAGGACAUCGAGUUUGUCGAGAAAUCUCUUGAGAAGCUUGUCAAGGAGACACGGCGAGGUGGUCAGAGUUUGGAGAUGAAGAAGCUCAAGGAGGAGCAAGCGACUGUCGAGCAAAUCCUUGCCAUGCUCAAGGACGGUAAGGAUGUGCGAAAGGGUGACUGGUCGCCAAAGCAGGUCGAGGUCAUCAACCCUCUCUUCCUGCUCUCAGCCAAGCCCGUUGUCUAUCUCGUCAAUCUCAGUGAAAAGGACUACAUUCGUCAGAAGAACAAGCACCUGCCCAAGAUUGCUGAAUGGGUCAAGACCAACGCGCCCGGCGACCCAGUCAUCCCCAUUUCCGUCCAAUUCGAGGAGCGUCUGGCCGCCAUGUCUGACGCCGAGGCGGCUGAAGAGUGCAAGAAUCUCGGCACAAAGUCUGCUCUUCCCAAAGUCGUCCUCACCAUGCGCAAAGCUCUCAACCUUGGCAGCUUCUUCACAACGGGUACCGACGAGGUCAGGCAAUGGACUAUAAGGAAUGGCACCAAGGCACCACAAGCUGCUGGUGUCAUACACGGCGACUUUGAAAAGACGUUUAUCCAGGCCAUUGUAUAUAACUACAACGUCCUUAGGGAGGAGGGUGAUGAGGCUGGUGUCAAGGCAAAGGGCAAGAUUAUGACCAAGGGUAAGGAUUAUGUUGUCGAAGACGGCGACAUCCUUCUCAUCAAGGCUGGUGCGGCCAAGUCGUAG